AUGUCAACAGAUCCAAACUUAUAUAAUGUGAAUUUAGCAUCUAAACGAACAACAAUGCCUUCAACACCUUGCUUUUUUGGUGAAACUUGUCAAAAUUUUCAUCAACAAACUAGUGACAGUGGUAAUGACAAUAAAACUAAUGAUAAGGAAAAUUAUGGCCACAACAAAAAUGAAUCAGAAAUGAUUGAAUCGAGUGAAAUGGAUUUAAUUUACACUCAAACAGAUAAUGAUAAUCUCACACCAUCUAUAAUACUUACCUCUGAUGAUACUGAUUGGAAACCAUGUGAACAAGGUAGUAUUUCGAGUAUGGAAUCUAUAUCUAAUUCACCAAGUCCUAGGACUUCCUAUAAUUCCUUACUACAUUGGGGUAUUAAUAAUGCACAAGAUGAAAGAGAAUACUUAUUAAACAAAUACAGUGAAUUACCUGGAGAAAUUAUAACAUUCGAAUUACCUUUGAGCACUUUGACUGUCGAAGCAUCUCAUCAUAAAAAUGUGAAUUUAGGUUUAAAACUUGCCGGAAGUAGAGAUUUAAAUCAAAUGAGUGUUUUCGUAUGUGGAAUACAACCAGGAAGUAUCAUUGAACGUGACGGACAUAUAGAAGUUGGCGAUCAAUUAUUAGAACUCAAUAAUCAAGUUUUAUAUGGUCUUAGCCAUUUGAAUGCUGCUCCACUAAUCAGAUCUAUUUAUAUGGAAGUGAUAGGAAGAAGUAGCAAUAUUUUCAGACGUUCAAAAUGUAAUGCUUUGAGGUUUGUGAUACAACGUCAUUCGUCAAAUACAAAUCUUAUGGCAGCAUUAGCAACAAAUCAACAUGCAGAUUCUUCUUCAGAUCGAUCCAGCCGACACACCAGUGUAGAUACAACAACAAGUGCACUAACAUCACCAGUGAAGAACAUAAAUAAAGCAAAACAAUCUAUAGAAUUUAUGAAUUUAGCAUUUGGUGGUUCACAUGGACCUUUAACUCAACAAACAUACUCUACAACGUUGUAUAGAGGUUCUAAAGGAUUUGGAUUUGCAAUAAUGGAACGAAGUGCAACAAAUGAAGAAGGAAUUUAUAUCAAACAAAUCGUUGAAGGUGGUCCAGCUGAUAAAGAUGGUAUUUUAUGUGCUGGCGAUCAAUUAAUUAAAAUAAACAAAAAAGAUGUCACACAUAUACCUUACGACACAGUAGUAGAAUGGAUACGAUCUGCAAAACAUAUUCUUCAUGUACAAGUUACACGGUGGGGUUUCAAUAUUCAAGCAAGCGCAGAAACAAAAUCAUCAACUAAACGUUUCUCAGAUCCAUCUGUACUGAAUACAUUUGCAUCUGUUAUAUUUGGUAAAGAUAAUGAAAUGAAAAAUUUUCUAUCCCCAGUUAAUACAUGCCGAGAAUUAAUUAACACAAAACCUUUAAACGUAUUAUCCUCAAUUGAAAGUGGUACGAGCUGGUUAGUACCCCGACAAAUCGUAUCAAGGUAUCGUCGUGCAAGUUUUCCAAACAUCUGUUAUAAACGAGAGCAUAUUCCUACUACUGUUCUACAGCCUUUGCCAAACUAUUCAACAACUUCAAUAAACCUUCAAGGAGAUAUAAUGAAUUUCGAUAAAAUCUCAAUUUUAAUAAAUGACGAACCAGAAAUCGAAGCAACAAUCCGCCCCAUCAAGUCUGGAACUGAAACUGAAAUAUCGAUCGCAAUAAAUAAUUCUUGUGGUCUAGGGAUAGGCUGUAUAGGAGGCUGUGAAACAGCACUAAAUGUUCCAGUUAUACAUGAAAUCUAUCCUAAUGGUGCAGCGGCAAAAGAUGGACGUUUGCGUCCAGGGGAUCGAAUUAGUAAUGUCAAUCGAAUAUCAUUAGUUGGUGUACCAUUUUUGGAAGCUAUGAAUAAACUUCAAAUGGCUUAUAUUAGCAAAUCGUCUAUGAUAAAACUAGAUUCAGAUGAUGAAAAUGAAAAUAUUUCUUUAUCAAAUCAAGAACAAAGUUAUUUAAAUCUCACUAUAUUUCGACCAACAGAACAAAGUCAGAAAUGGUUUGACCAAGAAUUAGUAAUUGAAUUAUUGAAGAAAUCUGGAAAAGGUUUGGGAAUUUGUAUUGCCGAUCGAUGUGUACAUCUUAAACUAGAUGAAAAUUUGUCAGAGAAUGAAAAUACUUUAAAGGUACAAGAUAAUUCCUAUGUAAACACUUCCGAAAUGCAAACAUCAUAUGGCGUUAUUGUUACUGAAAUAAUUAAAGGAUCGAUUGCAGCAACUGAUGGUCGUCUCAUGGCAAAUGAUCAAAUCCUGGAAGUAAAUGGUAAAGAUACAAGCACAUUAACUAGUGAAAUUGUUGGUGCUCUAUUGAAGGCAGCUCCAUAUAAAGUUAUUCUCAAACUGCAUUUCUUUUUAAUGAUCCUUGUCAAGUUAGACGAUAGAAUAUACAGACUAAACAAGUAA